AUGGCAUCCUCUGAAAAUGAUGUUAAUCAGCCAUUUCUAGAAAAAAACAGAGGUUCAGAUUCUGAAUCCAGCAAUGAAUUGGAGACUGUACUAUUGGAUGCUUCGUUACCUCGAUGGAAUCGUCUGCGUCAGGCCACGUGGAUCGAAAUGAAACUCCUUUUCUCUCUUGCUGCUCCUGCUGUCAUGGUUUACAUGAUCAAUUAUCUCAUGUCUAUGUCUACGCAAAUCUUCUCUGGCCACCUUGGUAACCUUGAGCUCGCCGCUGCUUCACUUGGAAAUACUGGCAUUCAGAUUUUCGUGUAUGGGCUCAUGUUGGGCAUGGGAAGUGCAGUGGAGACACUUUGUGGUCAGGCAUAUGGAGCGAGGAAAUACGAUAUGUUAGGAGUUUAUCUCCAAAGAUCGACGAUUCUUCUCGUUCUAACAGGGGUGUUGCUCACUUUUGUCUAUGUUUUUAGCAAGCCAAUUUUGCUAUUCCUAGGGCAAUCACCAAAAAUUGCAUCAGCAGCGGCAUUGUUUGUGUAUGGUCUGAUACCACAAAUUUUCGCGUAUGCUGUGAAUUUUCCGAUCCAGAAAUUCCUUCAAGCGCAGAGCAUUGUGGCACCGAGUGCUUACAUUUCUGCAGCAACAUUGGUGUUGCAUCUAGUUAUAAGUUGGGUGGCUGCUUAUAAACUUGGGCUGGGGUUGCUAGGGGUGUCACUCGUAUUGAGUUUGUCGUGGUGGAUGAUAGUGAUAGGUCAAUUUGUGUAUAUUUUGAAGAGUGAGAAGUGUAAGACAACAUGGAAUGGGUUUAGUUGGAAGGCGUUUUCGGGUUUGCCGGAGUUCUUUAAGUUAUCAGCAGCAUCAGCUGUGAUGCUAUGCUUGGAGUCAUGGUAUUUUCAGAUAAUCGUUCUACUUGCUGGCUUGCUUGAAAAUCCAGAAUUGACUUUGGAUUCGCUUUCUAUUUGCAUGACGAUUUGUGGUUGGGUGUUCAUGAUAUCAGUUGGAUUCAAUGCAGCAGCAAGUGUGAGAGUGAGCAAUGAAUUGGGAGCAGGGCAUCCAAAAUCAGCAUCGUUUUCAGUGAGAGUUGUCACAACAUGCUCUUUCAUCAUCUCAGUGAUUGCUGCAAUCCUUGUUCUCAUAUUUCGUAACAUCAUUAGCUAUGCCUUCACUGGAGGAGAAGUUGUGGCUGAAGCUGUCUCUGAUCUCUGUCCGUUGCUCGCGCUUACCCUUGCACUUAAUGGAAUUCAGCCUGUCUUAUCUGGUGUGGCUGUUGGCUGUGGAUGGCAAACCUUUGUGGCUUAUGUCAAUGUAGGCUGCUAUUACAUUGUGGGAGUCCCAUUGGGUGCUCUUCUUGGGUUCUACUUCAAAUUUGGUGCUAAGGGUAUAUGGUUAGGAAUGAUGGGCGGUACAGUUAUGCAAACAGUAAUUUUAAUAUGGAUCACAAUUCGAACUGAUUGGAAUAAAGAGGUUGAAGCUGCUCAAGGCAGGUUAAAUACAUGGGGAGACAAGAAAGAACCAGAGCUGAAAGAGUAGGAGAACUUUCUUAUUU